GAGCAGCGAGAAGGGAGGCUGAGGACAGAGAGUCCCGGGGUGGGCACGGGAGCUGGGGCAGCAAGCGUCCGCAUUCCCGCGCCUUCCGCAGCGGCGAGCCGGGACGGGGAGCCGCGCGCCGAGCCAGGAACCUCGCUUUAAAAUGGCGGCAUUCACUAUGCACCACUGCUGAAGGCUCUCCCGGCACCGGCACCGGGGCCACCUCGCGCAGCGCUGCUUUUGCUUCUGCCGCUAACAGAUGGCAUUUGCCACUGUCGCUGCUUCUGCCCCUACCGCUGCCACUGAGAGCAAGGGCCCCUUAGCGUCUGGGUUUGCACUAGCUGCAUAAGGUUUGGAAAAGUGCCUUUUCUGAAAAUUCUGCUGCUUGGAUUCUACUCUAGAGCUGUCUCUUUAUUAACCCCUCUCCCUACCAUACCUUUCCUGGUUCCCUGUCCGCCUUCCGCACAGAACCUGGUGUGCUUGUAGUUCACUGUCAGCAACUUGUCCAUUUCUGUUUUUCUAUGAUUCUCAAUUUACUUAGUGAUUUUUCCCUCCCCUUGAUUUUUGCAACAAAACUCUUUUUGGGCUGUGACACUCUCCCCAGUCUUAUUCUUUAAAGCUAAGAAAUAGGGAGGAAAAGUUCUCUCCCCCUAAACUGACAUCAUUCUGCAAAUUGAAGGGCAGCCAGCAGCAUAUGCUUUCUGUAAGAAUAAUUGAAAACAUCAACUGGAGAGCACAGAAUUCUUUUGAAAGUGUGCCAAUUAUUUGAAGUAAAUUCAGCAAAGGAACCAAAUAAAACAUUCAGUGUCUUAACCUUAACAGUUGCCUUCUUAGGAGUUGGUCUCUAAUUUGACUCUUAGUUAUUCUGAUACAACUUGUAUUUUAUAAUUGGCUUUUUGUUUGACUAGACCGGAUUUGACUUAAGUGAAAACCUAAGUGCUCACAAUUAGGCAUCUCACCAAAGCAGCCUGUUAUCUCUUCAUAGUUAGUUUGCAUUCAUCUUUAAUCCUUUAAUAAUCUGCAGUAACGUUGUCCUAAAGAGGGUGCACUUGAUUUUCAUUUUUUUUUUCAAUAUGACGGCUGUCAAUGUUGCCCUGAUUCGUGAUACCAAGUGGCUGACCUUAGAAGUCUGUAGAGAAUUUCAGAGAGGGACUUGCUCUCGAGCUGAUACAGAUUGCAAGUUUGCCCAUCCGCCAAGAGUUUGCCAUGUGGAAAAUGGUCGUGUGGUGGCCUGUUUUGAUUCUUUAAAGGGUCGGUGUACUCGAGAGAACUGCAAGUACCUGCACCCCCCUCCACACCUAAAAACGCAGCUGGAGAUUAAUGGACGUAACAAUCUGAUUCAACAGAAGACUGCCGCAGCCAUGUUCGCCCAGCAGAUGCAGCUUAUGUUCCAGAACGCCCAAAUGCCAUCAAUUAAUUCUUUUCCAAUGAAUCCGCAAUUUGCAGCUAAUCCUACCAUGGCUUUCAAUCCUUAUUUACCUCAUCCUGGGAUGGGCAUGGUUCCUACCGAACUUUUACCAAAUACACCUGUUUUGAUCUCUGGAAAUCCACCUCUUGCAAUGCCAGGAGCUGUUGGUCCAAAACCAAUGCGUUCAGACAAACUGGAGGUUUGCCGAGAAUUUCAACGUGGAAAUUGUACCCGUGGGGAGAAUGAUUGCCGCUAUGCUCACCCUACAGAUGUUUCCAUGAUUGAAAUGAGUGAUAAUACUGUGACGAUCUGCAUGGAUUAUAUCAAAGGGCGAUGCUCCCGGGAGAAAUGCAAGUACUUCCAUCCUCCUCCACACUUGCAGGCCAAGCUCAGGGCCACUCAUCACCAGAUGAACCACUCAGCUGCAAGUGCUAUGGCCCUUCAGCCUGGUGCAGUUCAACUGAUACCAAAGAGAUUGGCACUUGAAAAGACCAAUGGUGCCACUCCAGUCUACAAUCCCAAUGUUUUCCACUGCCAGCAGGCUGUGGGUAACCUGCAGCUCCCGCAGCAGGCAUAUAUCCCUGCAGGGCCAAUACUGUGCAUGGCACCCACUUCAAAUAUUGUUGAAAUUCUGAACAGCAGAGUUAUGGAGUAUCGGAAUCUCUCCAUGAGAACCUCCAUAUGGCCUUUCUAUAUAUGCUCUCAAAUGUCCUCUUCUACCAACACAACUAUAAGCAUGGUGCAGUCGAUAUAUUAAGCAAAGCAAACAUGCCAGCCAAUAAAUUCGCUAAAAAUAAAGCAUUAAAAAAUCAAUGGGGAUGUUAAAAACAAGAGUAGAAAACUAAUAACUACCAUCUGUCUUAUUUGAAUUAUCAGGUAGAACAUGACCAUGGAAUUUUGUAACUUGCUAUGUUAUUCUUUGCGACUUUCCAAUAGCCUUUAUGCUAAGUGAAUUUCUACAGUGAACUGUAUGCUUACUGUACAUUCUUGGUGGAUAAAUGUUCCUCUGUUUUUGAAGUGUUACCUUAUUGUUUUGUUUACAUGAUCAUCUAUUGGGUUGAUUUAGGAUGUAACAAAUAUAAACAGCAUCAUUUUCCUCAUUGUUGUAUUGUGUGGUGUUAGGUUUUUUACCUACUGUAGUGUUUUGUAUGUGUGGUGUUUCAUUUCAACUACAAUGUUAUUAGUGGGGGAGAGACAUAUAUGUGGUUGAAAAAUAUGACAGUGAAUUCAUGUGAAUAUGCUCUCUCUUUAGAAUAUAACUAGUCCAUAAACAUGCAUGUGGGUAAUUUGUUCCUGCAGAUCUGACCUUGCAUAAUGCAAUCAAAUUGCUGAAAUUUUUUGAGAAAGAAAUAAUUACUUCUUAAUAAUUAACCCCUAGUUCACUCCUCUUGAAUAGUGUGACAACAAGAAUUUACCUUUUAAUGACUUUCUCAGCAUUUAAAUUUAAAUUUUAAAUUUAAAAAAUUAUGUAAAGUUACCAUUCAUUUUUAUGGCUCAAGAAUCUUCUAAGCUGAAUGUCUAAAACUGAGCCAUUUGUCAUCUUCAGCUAAGAAACUGGUACUUGGGGGCUUAAAGGUAUGAAAAUUACAGGUUAUAAGUCAAGCACAGGGAGAAGGGUGUGGAAAUGGUUUUAACAUACUGGAAAGAAGUAUGUAAAACCAUUGCAGGGUAACCUUUUAUACUAGUGCCAUUUUCCCAAUGCAAAUGACUCCUGCUCUGAUUAGACCACUCUUUAAAUAAGACACAAUCUAGCAAAAGUCAGUAAUGGUGAAAGCCAAUUGGUUCCAAAUAAGGCCUUUCCUCAUCAAAUGGACAAUCUUCUCUAUUGAUCACAGAGGAAGCCUGAGUACAAAUUUGGAGAAAUGGCAGGGACAGAAGGCAGGUUGGCAUUGGGCAUCUUUCUUUGAUUUGUUCCAAAGAACCAGGAAAGAUGGCCUCAGUUGUCUUCAGCAUCAGUUUGAGUUUCCCGUUUUGUUGAACGCUUCAGGGAAGAAGUAAGCCCCCAUGAUACAUGAUGAGCACCAUUAACCCCAGUCUCUUGCAUUACAGCCAAGCCUAUUGGUUUGAAUUUGUUUGCCUUUAUGUAAUGGAGAGGUUUUUAGUGCCCUUUGGAUGACAUAGAAUGGCGAUAUUCCACAGACUUGAGAUGAAUUCAAACUACUAAUACUUGGGAAAUAAUUUUGCAACCAAGUAAUAUUGUAACUCAUUGUUUCCUGUGGUAUGUGGCAAACCUCUUCCACUCUACCCAGCUACUUACUAACAUUACUAUUAUAGAGUCAUGGGAACAUGAUUAUUUUAGAUCAGCUUAGAUAGAUUUUAUGCACCCAUGAGAAUGUAUAAAAACAUCAGAUUUUAUAUAUUGUAUUUUUGGUGCCACAAUUUUCUACAUUGUUGGCAUUUUAAAAGUUGCUUUGUAAAUUAAAGAGAAGAAAAACCUCAAAGCCCUCAGGUUUUGAUCAAAUUCAACAGAGUUUUGAGAAAAACACAAUUUUAAAAUGAACUUGUUGUUUUCUUCCUUCAUGAAAAUGACAAGCAAAGAGAAAAUCUGAUUUAGGAUACCUUAAACCAGCCAGCAGUGUUUUGAAAUGACAAAAGAAUGGAGUUGGCUGAGAUCUUUUCACAGCUGGUGGAAGUGAGGUCCAGGGCCUGUGACUUGCCCAAGGCUGUGUAGCCAACAUGGAACCCGGAACUGUCAAUCCUGACUCCCAAAUCGUUCCUCCUUUCCACCUUGUGUCUGAUUCAGAACAUGUGAAACUUUAUCCCAAAGCAGAUUAGUUUGGUUCAAAACACAUAAGAGCAAAAUUCUCUCUCUGAUAGUUGAUAUCCUCGUGAUCACAAUUGGCAAUCUGAAUCUCAAUAAACCGUGGUUAGCUUGUCUGGAUGUAUAUUCCUUAGUGGAGAUAGGAACAUAUUUUGGGCAAAAUGGAUUUUGUGUACUUUGACAUUUUGAUGCAACAUACUAUCUCAUUUAACUUUUUAAAUAUAGACAAUAAACCCAGAGUUCAACUGUUUUCAUGUUGCUUGAAGCACUGUAAAAUGAUAAUGACUUAUUUUUAGUAAAAGUUUCAGUGAAAGAUGUUCAGGGUUUGUAUUUUUGGUGCCACAAUUUUCUGUAUUGUUGGCAUUUAAAGAGUUGUUUUGUAAAUGAAUUUAAAGAAACAACAUUCAAAGCCCUAAUGUUUUAAUCUAAUUCAACAGAUAAAAAUGCAAUUUUAAGA